AUGUUGGUGAACAUAAAGGCCGUCUCGUCCAACUACGGCGACUGGGAAUCGCCCAUCUCGGCUGAUUUUGUGGUUUCCAACGUCAGGUCUCUGGCAGCUCCUCGUGUUUGUCCACGCACUGGACGGGCUUAUUUUACAGAAACCAAUGGAGCGCGAAGAGCCAUUGUGCAAGUUGACAAGGAUGGCAGCCUGAAUCAAGUUCUUCCUCCAGAUGUGAGCUGCCAGAAUGCCGUCUAUGAAUACGGCGCCAGUUUGUACGAUGUCCUCCCAGAUGGGCGGCUCAUCUUCUCGGACCAAGACAACGCGGUGAGGAUCUUGGAACCAGGCGCCAAAUAUUCCUCGGUGCUGCUCAAAUCUCCCGUGCUGCGGUACUCCAGCUUCAGUGCAAACUCCAAAAACCAAUGGGUACUGGCAAUUGAGGAAGACCACACUGAGAAUACCCCAACCAAAAUCAGAAACUAUCUCGUUGCAAUCAACAUACUGACUGCCCAAGUCGAGAGAAUUGCCUCGGGCGCAGACUUUUAUUGGAUGCCGCAAUUCAAUGCAGAGGGCGACAGGAUUGCAUGGCUGGAGUGGGACCACCCGAAUCUCCUUUUCGACUCCUGUAAACUAUAUACUGCUGAUUUUUACUUGGCCGGCACUAUCCGGGGCAGACGACUUGUUGCCGGUGGAAAGGACGAGAGCGUCACCGAGCCACGAUGGUGUGUUGAUGGCAAUACUCUGUUCUUUGCCCAGGAAACCAGUGGCUAUCGUCAGCUAUACAAAUUAAAGCCGUCUAUCUACGAAAAAACAGGGAUUAAGCCAGAGAAGAUUAAGCUCAAGGGCUUGGAAACGUCUGAGCUAGGAGAAGUCCUGUUAUUAGAGGGAAGCCGUACUUUUGUGCCCGUCACGGAAAGGUUUCUGGUUGCGGCCGUGUCGUCAAACGGCACGCAACGCCUCGUAACCAUAGAUCUACAAGACAAUUCGUGGAGGGAGGCAGCUGACGGAGACCGGCUCUGCGAUAUCAUCUGGGACGCUGUCACUCGAUUAGACGACACUCAUGUUCUUGUAGUGGGCAGCGGAACCGAUGUUCCUCAGGCGCUACACAAGAUAAAUAUCCACCAACCCGAGCAUAACGGAAUCCUCCGCCUCUCUAUUGAUGAACAGUUUCCAAAAGGGCUCAUCGCAAAGCCCCAUGCCGUCUGCUUGCCCUCCAAAGGAUUCCCAAAUCAUACCAUCCAUGGGUUCUUUUGGGAACCGACGAGUGACAAGUAUAAGCUGGACGCGAGCGUCCCAUUCCCUCUCAUCAUAUAUGCCCACGGUGGUCCGACCGGUCACAAGGGCCCCGGGCUCUCAUACCGAAUUCAAUACUUUACAUCGCGGGGAUACGGCUUCUUCGCCCUGAAUUACGCUGGAUCUACAUCAUAUGGGCGAGAAUACAGGAGUUCUCUAUGGGGUAAUUGGGGCCAUGUCGAUGCUGCGGAUGCUGAUGCUGCCGCCAAGUAUUUUGGCCAGAUUGGCUCCGUCGGAAAGAUUGGCAUCACAGGCCCCAGCGCUGGCGGCUACAACACUCUGCAGUGCGUAACCCGCUUCCCCGACACUUUUGCUGGAGCUGUUUGUGCGGCUGGCAUCUCGGACGUGAAGAAGUUUGAUGAGAAAACCCACAAGCUCGAGUCACAUUACUCUGCGAAGCUCCUCGGGCUGACAGAGCUCAUGAGCGACGAGGAGAGAGACGAGAUCUACAAGGAGCGCAGUGCGCUAUUCCACGCUGAUAAGAUCAAGGCUCCUCUGCUACUGGUCCAUGGCCAAGAAGAUAUAGUUGUGCCCAUUGAACAUGCGCGGUUGAUUGCGGCGUCGCUUGAAAAGAAAGGGGAAGUUGUUAAGCUUGUGGAAUUUCCGGGUGAUGGACACAUGCUUGGGCGUCCAGAGAGUGCAAAAGGAUACCUGGUGGAGGAAGAGAAGUGGUGGAGGAAGACACUACUAUGA